UCAUUUUGAUUCAAAAACACACAGUAUUCCAAGUAUUCUUUAAGUAUCGGACUACCUGUUGGCUAUACUUCAUUAUGCAAUUGUGUCAUAAAGUCUUAAGAUUUUAUAUCUUUAUGUAUGCAGCAAUUAGGAUUUUAUAUCUCUAUGUAUGCAGCGAUGUUAUGAAAAAUGGAUAUAUUUAGUUGUUCAACUUUAAUUGUGUUUAAAGCCCAUUUGUAUAGAGGCUUCAGUUUUGGCAACAUAUCUUAUCAGAUCUUCAAUUUUGAUCAACAUACAUAAUUGAUCUAUUGUACUAGCUUGUAGAACUCAUUGGAGCAAUGCAUGCUUUAUAGUUUAAACUUAUAGCAAUGAGUGUAUUAAAUUCCACUUUUGGGAAGCGGAUGUAUUUUUCCCUUCUGAUGCAUCCAUUUAGAACCUUUUUGAGAAAUACUUUUUACCUUGAAUAUAUAUUCAUGGCAAGGGUCACUAUCACAUGAACUCCAAACUGCUCAUCAAGAAUUGAGGUAUCUUUAUAUGGAUUACUUCUUGUUUAAUAUGUUGCUGCUCUUAUUCAAUUUCAUGGUGUACCAUGUGCUUUGGGAAAGGUUUGGGCACUUAUUUUUGUUCAUAUUCCCCAUUGAAGGAUUUACUUGACCUUAGCCCUCUAGAAAACAUAUUUCCUAGUAUUACCCCGUGUUUCUCCAAUAACUAGGAAAAUCACUUCAAUCUCGGUUUAAAAGCACCACAUUUCUUAAUGCAUUCCCCACAUGCAUGGCUUUUUCAACUUUCAUGGCUAGAGGCAAACAAGCAUGUUUUUUAUCGAGAAAUAUUAAUUGAAUGAUAUGGUGAUUCAUGGUCAUCUUAAUUAUAUUUUUUUUUUUUCUAUUGGAUGGUAUUGUAAGUUGUUCAUUUUCAUGAGAAAGUAGGGCUUAAAUAUCCAUGCUUACAAGGUCCCCUUGGUGGAGUGAUUUCCCAAAUAAAUAUUUUUUUAAUGAACUUUUAUGUUCAAGAAAAUUUACAAGAAAAUAAUAAGAUGCGAAGGGGAGAUGUGACAUGACAGUAUGGUACAAAAGUGAAUGACAAAGGAAGAACUUGAUGUAAUUUUUGUAACAAGAAAAUGUGUGGUGGUAUUUAUGCCCUAAAAGAACAUCUUGCUUGGGUAAAGGGUAAUGUUACCGGUUGUAAAGAAGUGCCACCAGAAGUAAAACAACAAAUGAUAAAAUCAUUACAGAAGGAAAAAGAAAAAAAGUGCAGAGAGACAGGGAUGCAGAGGAGAUAGGGAGGCGGUACGAAAGUCUAAUAGAUGAGGAGGAUGACCAAGAGGCAGAAUUUGAGGCGCAAAUGGAAUGAGCUAGGAUUGCCAGUAUUCAAGAGCUUAAUUAUAGAUAAAUGGAAAUUCAAGAGAUGUAUGGGAGAAGGGAUGGUGCAUUCGUCAACGUCAAGAACAUAUAGUACCGGGUAGGGGAGGAUGUGGGCCUUCAUUGUUUAGAUCCACAUCUAGUAGAUUGAGAUGUAGUUUCUCUAGUCGCCCAUCCUCUUAUAGUCGGCCAUCUACUACUCAACGACAUGAACCCAUAGAUGUGCCAUCAAUGACUCGCGAAGCCUCUAGACUUGAUCCCCACAAGUCACAAUAUCAUAAAAAAAAAUUAAAAUUUUCGUCAGCAGGUGUAUUAAUAGAAAAAGCGAGAAAGAUGAUUAGCAUGUUCUGGUAUGCUAAUGCAAUUCCAUUUAAUUCUGCAAGCUCAGACUUCUACCCACAGAUGGUAGCUUCUAUAGCUGAGGCCGGGCCACGUGUUAGAAGUCCAACUGCGAAAAAGCUUGUAGGGCCACGUUUAAAAGUUGUUAUUCAUGAUGUUGAUAAGCAUAUUGCACAGUUCAAGGUCUGUUGGCCAAAUACAUGAGUGACCAUCAUGCCUGACGGUUGGAAGGACAAGUCCCAUAGGUAUUUUGUCAAUUUUUUAAUAGGUUGCCCUAGGGGCAUUGUUUACCACUCUAGCAUUGAUUUAUCGAUAAAGAGACAUACUGGGAAACUGAUAUGCGCACACCUAGAAAAAAUUGUAUAUGAGGUUGGGCCUGAAAAUGUGGUCCAAGUAGUGACUGAUAAUGCUGCGAAUUACAGAAAAGCAAGCUUGUUGCUAAUGGAGAGAAGACCCAAUCUUUAUUGGACUCCUUGUGCUGCCCAUUGUAUUAAUUUGAUGCUCAAGGAAAUAGGGAAGCUUAAGAGGGUUAAAUAUUGUAUUUUGAAGAGCACGUUGAUUACAAGCUUUAUAUACAAUCACACGUAUCUCCAUGCUUUGAUGAGGGAGCAUUGCAUGCGAGAGAUUGUCAGGGAGUCCACUACUAGAUUCGCUACAGCGUUCCUUACGAUACAAUCGAUAUUGGUAAACAAGGCAGGAUUGAGGUCAAUGAUACGCUCUAAUGAAUGGCAGACUGAUAAGGCAGCAAUGAGUCAACUUGGAAGGCAGGUUGAAACCACCCUUCUCAAUAAGAGGUUUUGGGCUCGAUGUAACCAUGUAGUUUCUGUAACUAAACCUUUAGAAUGGGCGUUGAGGUUAAGUGACUCUGAUGAUAAACCUGCAAUGGGGUUUCUGUUCGAUGCAAUGAGACGUGCAGGGGAAGCUAUAUUUGAGAAUAACAUAUGGAAUGAAGAGAUAUUGGAUUGAUCGUAGGUGGAGAGACCAACUGCACCAGGAUAUCCAUGCAGCAGGUAAUUUAUGAUUCACUGUCGCAAUUCGUGACUCUUUCUCAACUCCGAGAAAAGUUACCGUAAUUAAUAAUAUAACAAACCAUGUGCAGGGUUCUUUCUUAAUCCACAAAAUUUGUACUCCAAUGCCACUUUAAAUGAUGCAGAUAUCAUGGAGGGGGUAAGAAACUGCAUCUACAGGC